AUGGGCCGCGCGGAGGCUGGCAGUACAAAGGCUAUCGGCAACAAGAUCAAAAGCAAAGGAUUGGGUCGCCUUCGAUGGUUUUGCCAAGCCUGCGAGAAACAAUGUCGGGAUGAGAACGGUUUUAAAUGUCACACCAUGACUGAAGCGCAUGUCCGACAGAUGAUGAUCAUUGGAGAAGACCCACGCAAGCACAUCAGAGAGUUCAGUCGCGAAUUUGAGCGAACUUUCCUCGACACUCUCAAAACCACGCAUGGAACUAAACCUAUCAACGUAAAUCAUUUUUAUAAUCAGAUUGUCGCCGACAAGCAGCACAUUCACAUGAACAGCACGGAAUGGAAAAGUUUAUCACAAUUCGCGGCCUACUUGGGCCGGGAGGGGAAAUGCCGGGUUGAGGAGACUGAUAAAGGAUUGGUUAUAGCGUGGAUUGAUAACAGUCCAGAAACACUUCGCCGCCGGGAGGCCAUCUUAAAGAAAGAACGCCAGGAGAAGGGAGACGAAGAACGUGAGCAACGCUUGAUUCAGGACCAGAUUAAGCGAGCCCAGCAAGCGGCGCUGGCUAGCAGUAUUGUGACCGACCCAGAACCCGAGGCAAGAUUGUUGCAGAGGAAAGAUGGAGAAAAAAUGACGUUGAACCUUGGGCUUGGCUCAAAGAAGACAGAUGCAAAGCCUGCUUCACCUCCUACAACGACAACGGUAUCGCUAGAAGAAACAGGUGCACCGACAGAAAGCACCGACUCUGCCGCUUCCUCUGAGCCUCCCGCUCCCGUUAAAAUUUCAAUGUCAAUGGGCGCACAGAAGCCGAAGAACGUGUUCGCCGUGGCUAAGAAGAAUCCUUUAGCUGGGAAGAAGGGCUCUAUAUUCGCAGCUCCUAAGAAAAUGACUGAACAGGAAAGGAUUAUGAGAGCUGAAAUGGAGGCAAUGGAGCGAAAGCGGUCUCGUCCAGACUCUGGGUUCACGAAUAAGCGACCAAAGAUCACUUAA